UUUUUGGGCACAUCAAAAAUACCUUUGGUAUUUCUAGCGACUUACCGCCAACGAUCUGGCAACGCCGCCUGCCAUUAACACAAAAAUCGCGGCGUCUGUCCAAUGGGAUUUUGAAAUAAAAACAAGUUAACAGCACGGCGCGAUGAACGCAAACAAACGCAGAAGUUCGCUGCGCAAGGCGCCGACCAAGGAAGAUGAGACGAACACAACAACGUCCGCGAUCAAACAACAAAUCAAGCGACGCAUCAGUUUCAGUGGCAAGAAGUCCGUGAGGGAAUUCGUGAACACCAAGGAGACCAACAACUGGGACGACUCGUACGAGGUGUCGGAACACCAUGCUGAGGACAGCUCGGGAUCGAAGUGCUGCAGCACUGGUUCAGCAUCAGUGGCGAGGGUUGCCGAACAUGCCGACAAGGAGAACAUUCCGCUGCCCAGCCACUGCGAGCGUGGGCAUGUCGAUCUGUCCGUGAAUCUGCAUGCCAGCGUGGAUUUCACCCUCCUGCCCUGCGAAAUGAUGGACAAAUCAAGGAAAACAUCCUCAACCUCCGCUGUGUCCUUUUGCGUAUCCUCUGAGGAGCGAAAACUGUUGCAAAGCAGUCUCAGUGACCGCCAGUUGGUAGACAAGACCAUGGAUCUGAUGUCCGGAUCUCUCGUAAACCGGCACCAAAUCGCGUCGAGCGUUUGUGAGGAAUCCUCCAUCAAAGUGGCAAGCAACGAACGGGAGAAGGUGGUAUUCACGCCAGCUGUCAAGGCUGUGAGUGACUCCUUCAUGGACAUCACGCCAUUGGGAUUUACUGAUCCCACUCCUGCUGCUCCUGCUCCAGCUCCAGUUGUAACUCUAUAUCCUCCAACUCAACAAAGUUUAAUGGAGCUGGAAGAGGACAGCAUUGUGAGGGAGAUGCGUGAAUCUACCAAAAACCAGACCAAAACUCCGGCGCAGAAAUCGCUUUUCAUGGACAUGGGGGAGACCAAGAAUAAAACCCAACAGGGAGCUGGAGGUGUAUCCUUCCCAUUAGAUGUUCCCAAUGACCGAGAUCGUUCGCCAUCAAACUCCUUUGAGAGCCUUAAUAGCACCAUGAACUUUACGAGAGAUGAGUCCAUGCUGAUACCAUUCGACAUGAUUUCGGGGAAAAACAUAAGCAAGAAACUCAAUUUCCGUCAACUCAACGAAGACCUGGAGGCGGGUAAGAUCCAGAUAUUUCCGAAUGGGCCAAAAACGCCUACCACAGAUCGUAAGGCCAAGAAAAAUCGAUUUUGGUCUGGCCUGGAAGAGGAGGGCACGGAUGACAAUAGUCCAAAGAAGGAUAUAAGAAGCAUAGUACCACGGGGAACGUUAAAUUUCAGUGAGAACAUGACCUUGACGCCUACGAAAACAAGUCCAGUUCGCAAAGAGAAACUGAAGGCGAAGGAUGAGAAGCAGAAGUAUCGACUAUCCCAGGCGGAUGAGAUGAUGCUUGACAAUACAAACUUCUUGGCCCAUGCCAGACUAGGCGACGAAACGCAGUCGAGAAAUACGUCGAAGAACUCGACGAGAAGGGAGACAACUUGCGAAACCUCGGAACUGAAUUUGGAAUAUCCUACGAUAAGUCAGGACUUUCAACCCAUUCCGAGUUCCAAGCCUCGUAAAACUGAUUUUAUAGCUGAGGAAAUGCAGCUGAGCCAGACAGAUUACCCUGCCAUUCCUGCAUUGCAAACUGCUCCCACGCGACGUACCUUGCAUCUCAAUGAAUCCAUGGAUCAUGAAGCAACGAAGUCCACGUACGUUAGGAAGGAGAUUUCGGUAACCACGCAGGAGACAAUCUAUGAAAAAUCCACAACCAACGAGCAGAACAGCAACCAAAAUCGCACCACAUGGGGCUGCACUAAAACCAAGCGCAGGGAGACGCUUUUGAUGCAGGAAAGCAUGGAGGAGGACAUCAUUAGUCCUCUCAAGGACUUACAAUUAAAGCCAAACGCUGCUCCUGGGAAUACAGGGCAAUCCAAAGCAGAACCACUGGAGGAACUGGACAUAAACCAAAGUAAUAUGAUACCUACUAAAAAUAUUGCCCCUAGAGAACAACUUAAAUCAAGGAAAACGCUGCUAUUAGAGGAACCCAUGGAAGAGGAAAUGAGCAGUAACAUUGGUUACCAUUCCAAAAGAAAGACUCUCCACUUAGCGGAACCUCUGGUUGAGGAGGGGGAGGAUGUCAUUUCGGAGAAGCACAUACCAAUGAAAGGAGUCGCGCAUCAAGAAAGCAAAUCCAAGGGUAGGCAAACUCUUCUGUUAGCAGAGCCCAUGGAGGAGGAAAUAUUUUACAAUACGAAAGAUCCACAGGAAUGUGAUUUGAAAAGAAACAAGACUGGACCUCUGGAAUACAGUCAAUUAAACCAGGGGAAGAGUAUUACUUCGCAAAGCAGACCCAAAGCUAGGCAAACCAUCCUGGUCGAAGAACCCAUGGAGGAGGACACGGACUGUAACAAUAAAGAUAAUACUGCCAAACCUAGAGAGGACCACAUAAACAAGGUAGCCAAACCCAGACAAACACUCCUUAUGUCAGAACCUUUAGAGGAGGAUAUGUGUCUUCCACCGCCAAAGAAUAAGUCAAUAGUGACACAUAAAACAAUAGAUAGAUCAACCGAGCAGCAGCGAUCAAAAUCGAGGCACACACUAAUAUUAUCCGAACCUAUUGAAGAGGAACAUAUUCAGCAGGAUUUGCCAGCUGGAAAGGAGUAUAAUUCGGCUAGACAGCAAAGAUUCAAGCCAAGGCAAACGCUCAUCAUGGCAGAACCCAUUGAAGAAGAUGUUGGAGAGACGCAACGUAAAUCACAUGCGAAUAGGGCGCAAACUAACAUAACAGGUUCGUCAACUUCCAGACCAAGGCACACUCUUCUGAUGUCCGAACCAAUUGAAGAAGAACUAACUAACGAAGAUAAAAGCACGAAUGCCAGAACACUAAAAUCGAGGCGAACCAUUCUGAUGGCGGAACCGAUAGAGGAAGAGGGCAAUAUGUCUAUCGCUAAAAAAAUAGGUCAAUUUCCUAAAGAAUCUUCUGAAGAAGUGGUAUUUCAAACCUCCAAACCUCGUCAAACUCUGCUGAUAGCCGAGCCUAUAGAGGAAGAUGUCUUCAAUCAGUCAAAUGGUCAGCCCAAGCCACACUCUGUAUCUAAGGAUAACUUCACUAGAAAGACCUCAAGACGCCACACGCUUAUUAAUGCCGAACCCAUUGAAGAGGAUUUGGAUGUUCGUAAACCGCUGGAAAAUUCAAAGGAGUCAUCUUUGACCGCCAGAAUUAUUCAGUCAUUCGCCGAGCCCAUUGAAAGUGCCCUAUUUUCAAUUACUGAUCAAAAAGCUAAACAGCAAUUUUCCGAAUCGGUUCAAACUCUUCCCAAGGAACCCCUAAACCAUCUCCACCAGAAGCCUCGGAAUACCCUUACCUCGCAUGAAACUAUUCAGGAGGAUUUAGAAGUCGAAAAGGAAAACUCAUCAGUUAGGCCUAUGAGAUCUAGGUGCAGAAAGACCCUAAUCAUGGCUGAGCCCAUCGAAGAAGAUGUUAAUAGCCACAAUAUGACCAAACAAAAUAGGAUCUGUGACUCUUUAAAUGGUCAACAGUCCGGUGGAUAUAUGGCUGCCAAAACAAGACAAUCCGUGCAUAUACCGGUACCCAUUGAGGAGGAUCUUAUUCCGGGCCAACAGCAUAGAGAAUUCAAAGCGGCGGUGAAGGGCAUAACUACACUGCUUUCGACUGAGUCCAUAGAAGAAGAUGUACCCGCGCAACAUACUCGAAUUUCUAAAAAUAAACCAAUGGGCUCGAAGGUUACGGCGGAGCCCAUCACCGAGGAUUUGGAUUCCAAAAGACCAGAGAUUUCACAAUCCGCGGAAGCGUCUUUACCCCAAAGGAGCCAGUUUCCUGAUGUUCCGUCAUCCAGAAGACAUACACUACUUUUAUCGGAACCCAUGGAAGAGGAUGAUGUGGGUAUUUUCGAACAUAUCUACCCCACAAGAGACACACAAAUUUCCGAAAAAUUAGAAAAACCAGAAGGACCCGUUCAUUCGCCCAACAAUUCUGUGGACAACGAAGAGGUAGGCACUUCUCCCAGUGCCAUGGCCCAGCAAUCCAUGGCAAUGUCCGAAUCAAUGGACUUCCAAAGCCCGCAGUUCAGGCCGAGGGGUCCGGACUUUAAUGCAAUCACGCCGGGAAUGUCCUUGACUGAAUUUGUGGAUCAGGAAGAGAUGUGCAAGACCCCGAUUCACAAGAAAGUUCUCCUGACUUCCCAUCGGAAAAAAUUGUCCAUGUACCAACCAGUGCCGAUAGACCUUGAGGCAGAUGCCUCCGGCUUUGGAACUCCAAAAAAUCACGUCCAGCUAAAGCGUCUACCCACGCACCUCACGCCCAACCUUCCGGAGUCCAAGAAACGACACACGCAUCUGUUUACGAAUAGCAACAUGGACAUCGAAAUGGAGGAGGAUCAGGAAGGUGCUUGGGGGACGAAAAGUAUUCAAAUGCACACAGGGACAAGUAAAUCACGCAGGACCUACACGGUAGAGCAGUUGGACGCGUCGGUGCAGCCAGUAAGGGACUACAAUCCUGUAGUGACUGAGCUGAACAAACAGGGCGGUAUUAAUGUGCUGGAGCUGCCACGAAAAUCGGCCUAUAACAUGGAUCUAGAGGAGAAACCCAUCAGUAUCUCCGAUGUAAACAAUUACUUCCAGGGGCAAAAGGAGGAGGAGCGCCAGUCUAGCGAAAGACAGAGCGGUAGCUCCAACGAUAGAACCUUCAAGAGCUACGCAGCAACUAACUCAAAAUUCAUCAAUCUGACCGGGAACACAACCAUCUUUGCAGCCGCAGAAGAUUUGGGUGGUGAGGGGAAUGACCAGCCCCACCAGAUAGACAACGAGCACCUAAGUCUGGUUUCCACGCUGGCGGAGGAAACAGACGAUGACGGCGACGAGGAGGAGGAAGAGCAGGAGCAGGAGCAAGAGCAGCAUCUCUUACAACCUGAAAUCUGCGAGGCUCAGCUGAAUUCAAUGAUAAAAGCUGGCAGCGAAGGCUCCUGCAAAAAGUGCAGGAAUUGCAAUCAUACUUUGAGCGAAACGAGGCUAAGUAGCGAUUCAUUUGUCCUACCACCUCGCAAAUUGUGGGACUUUUCAAGGCUACAGCAACGGUUGCGCAAGAUAAGGCAGAAGCCGUCGUGGAAGGAAGUGAACACUUACUGGGAGAUCGAGGAGGAGGCUAGGCUGUCCAGGAACCAGGACUCCGACGAUUCAAUGGACCAGACCAAGGUGGAGGAGGAGGCCACCAAGUGGAACAAAGCGGCGCUUCUUGAAAUGUGCAGGCUACGAACAGAAGACAAUGCCAUAGCGAAGCCCCCGGAAUCUUUCUUUUCGAGACUCAAACGUUUGCUGGCCGAACAGCAGCCCAACUGGAUCUUCGACUACCAGCGUAAAGUGUCCCAGCAAAUGAUAUUUUACAACCGACAGCUGACCACGAUCCGAAUCGUGGUGAACUACCAAAUCGAAGACUUGGUGGACGAGUCCACCAUUAGCGUGUGUUCCAUUGAACUAGACAAUGAGGUGCCCACUCCCAAGGACCAAUGGUCAUCGCGUGAACACUUUUUAAACUUCCACCUAAGUCUCCACCUGCCGCUGAAUCUUGGCGACGAGAUCGGGGGCAGUGAUGAGACGGCUUUCUUGAAAUUUCUCAACAGCAUUGAUCGCAGAAUUGCAGAGGUCAAGCAAAAGUUACACAAAGUUUUAGCACUUCUAUCGCAGAAGAGAGCGAGGCUAACAAGAGAAGCAAAUCGAACGAUUGUCAGAAAGAUAGUGCGAAAGUGCAUCGAUCAGGAACCCAUCGUGCGUCUCGAGAAGAUAAGUUUCCUAAUUGAAAUUGGCAAUAUUGAGGACGUUUCCUUCACGGAUAUCCUACGCCCCGAACUGCAUCUCUUCAAUGAAAACAUUCAGUAUCUGCCCAAGGGAAUUCCUUUCCUGGAAGCCUUUCUCACCGAUCCCGAGCAGUACCUUAGAAAAUAAAUGCGUAUGUUAGACUACCUUUUAAAUUGUUUUAAAUUAAAAUAAAUGCAUUCGUCUGCGUUUUUUAACGAAUCAACAUUGACAGUGUAAAUGGGCAAAGUGGAUUUCCGUUGAAUGAAAUAAAACAAAUAAAGAGCAA